AUGUUGGAGCAAAUGAUAAGCUUGAAAAUCUCUAUCGACGAAUCAGUCGAGCUACAAACCCGCUGUGCCUUCAUCCUACCACUUGGACAUGUAUCACGGACUUGUAGCAUCUUUGAGCAAAAGUUACGCAAGCCGUACUUUGGUCUCGUGUGCUUGACAAGAUCAUCUUGGAAACUAUCACAUCAUCCGACUUCUCUAGAACAGAUGAAACCCGACAUCUCCCAUUUGAAAGGCCUUUUUAUCCUCAAAAACGAAAUCUCAACAGAAUCUCUCGGUCGUGCAAGGGAGAUUCCAAACAAUGACAAAUACUAUCGAGUCCUUGAGAAAUUGGCAAAACUGCUUGUAGCAAAAGGACCCCAUAAGGCUGAACGGACAUCUCGACGCGUACGGGGACUCUUCAAUGGAAAAUAUGUAUUUGACACGACUGGCGCCUUUCACGUCUGGGAACAUUCUCGUUUCCCUCAAUACUACAUCCCGAUUUCAGAUUUCACCAAAGACGCCACCCUCAAAAAGCUCUCUGCCAUAGAGGAUGCAGACAAUGCCGCCCACCUUGGCUGCCUAACCGUUGCCGACCUCAGCACACCCCGCGUGCUAAUCUUCAACACCCCAGCUCUCGAGAAUCUCGUCAAAGUCGACUUCAAUGCCAUCACCCAAUGGUUCGAAGAAGAAGUUCCCAUUUAUUGCCACCCAAAAGACCCCUACAAACGCAUAGACAUCUUGCCUUCCACCCGACAUAUCAAAGUUGCUCUUGAUGGGGUCACACUCGCCGAAACCUCCAGUCCACUACUGCUGCUCGAGACGACGCUACGUACGCGAUACUAUGUGCCGCCGACAAGUGUGAAUUGGGAGGUAUUGACGCCAAGUCAGACAACGACGCUCUGUCCCUACAAGGGAAGAGCAGAGUAUUAUCAUGUUGAGGUGAAGGGGAGGAUGUUUAGGGACUUGGUUUGGUAUUAUAGGUAUCCCACGAGUGAAAGUGCGUUGGUGGCGGGCUGUUUGUGCUUUUACAAUGAGCAUGUUGAUAUCUGGAUCGAUGGUGUGAAGGAGGUGAGCAUGCGCGAACCUUUUCAUGGCUCCUGUGAUAGAGACAAUGCAUUCAGACUCGGAGAAGGCACAGAGACUCUUGGGUUGAGAUCGAGAACGACACCUGAUAUUCCUGGGGACGGAAAUACCCGCGAUAGGAAGCCGCUGUGCCUGGUAUGCUGGAGAUAUCACAGUCGAUUUCAAGGCUGUAGUGGCGCGCCGCUGCCGUUUAUUGAACUGAAAAGUGGAGAGCAGCCUCGCGAUAUAAGACCCAAUAAAACAGGCUUCGAUCCACCACGUUCUCCGGCUACGAUGCAAAAUUUGGCCGGAACGCGUCCACUGGGGGAAGUGGAGUUGAUGGCUCAUGGCGACUCAGGACAGCUAGGCUUGAUGAGCGGCAAUAAUGACACUGCAUGUGCUGUUGCGUAUUGGAAUGCGCGUUGCCCUGAGCAAGAAUACGAUAAGGAUGUUUCUGUUUGCCAGACCUGCGGUAGGGCGGCGAUGUUUAGUGACGCUGAAAUGGAGGAAUGGAACGAUGUUGUUGGAAGAUUGGCUCCUCGUGACCAUGAGGGCAUCUCUUACUUGGAUGUGUCCGCUCUUCCACAAUACGCGUUCACUCUCUCUUACCGAGACGCCCUCUGCAGGGACUACCACCAGUCGCAUGCAUUCGAAAGUCUGCUGAGUCUCGCGCAUCGAGACGACAUGAUGGAGGAUGAUAAAAUGGAGCCAUCCAACCUUGAGGGGCACGCUCGAGACCCGCCUGAACCGUCAAAUGAUGCUCCAGUGAUGAGCAAGUCCGCUGUAAUCAGCAUGACAGAGUUUGAAGCCUUGCCUUCGUGGUCUGAUGUGGAAGACGAGGUUACCGACGACAAUGAGGAAGCCAUUGGUAAUCUAUCAAUGCAUUCAAUUCCGAAAGGGGUUACACUUGGAAAAUCAGUCAAGAACCGACAAAAAAUGAAUCACAGCAAUGCCACAUUCGAUGCUUUGCUAGAUUGGUCUGGUAUGGGAGUUGGCAAAGAUAGCCCCAGAAGAGCCCUCGAUGUAGCAUCGUCAAAGUCAUCUUCCUGGUAUUCCAGUGACAUCUCACAGGAGCUUGAAUAUCACACGGUCGCUUUUGGGUAUGGUACAGAGCCUAAAACAGAGAUGAGGCAAGACUUACACCCUGUCUUGGAGCCACCAAGAUGCAUUGGAGCUUCUGAGCAGGUGCAUGCUAGGCCAUUGUUGUCUGAUUGCGAAUUCGAUGUUUUACCAGGAUGGUCUGAUGUGGAAGAUGAGUCUCAGGACCAUUGCUGA